UGUCGAAAACAAAGCUUUCUAUCGUCUUCGAUUCGUUCUCUUUAUUCUUCAAAAGGUCCAUCUCCGUCUUGUCUUCAGUCUCUCAAACCCCAAACGAAGAUGGAGCAGAGAAGAAUUCACAGAAAUCUUCUAGCCUUCUUCCUCUUCUUUGUACUGAUCUUCACUUUUUCGGUAUCUGUUGAAGCUUACAAGAACUACACUGUGGGCGACUCCUCGGGUUGGUAUGACAAGCUCGAAAACCCCAAGGUGGACUACCAGAAAUGGGUUGCUGGGAAGAACUUCAGCUUGGGAGAUUUUCUAAUUUUCAACACUGAUAAUAACCAUUCGGUUGUCCAAACAUACAACCUCACAACAUACAACCUCUGCGAUUUUGAUGAUUCCGAACAAGAUGAUACUAUCCAAUGGUCAUCUUCAGAUCCAAAUUCAGUAACUCCUCACCCAGUAUCAGUAGCUGUGCCUCUAGUCAAAGAAGGAAUGACAUACUUCUUUUCUAGUGAUUAUGAUGGGGAACAAUGCAAAAACGGACAACAUUUCAUGAUAAAUGUCACACAUGGCCAAGGAUUGCCUGAUAGUCUCAAGGACCCAUCUGAUGAAGCUCCAGCUCCGGUGAGCAGUGGCGACGAAGAUAAUAAUCCAACACCGGACAUUGCAGUUCCAUCAAAUUUUAACAACCCUAAGGAGGAGGAGGGAGAUGUUAAAGCUACAUCAGGGUCUGCUUCCAUAUCCAUGAAUCUAAGGACAUUGGAGGGGAAGCUCAAUUGGGUUUUUGUUUUAGGGUUAGCUCUUGCCUUUUAGGAUGAUUUCAUUUCUUUAUUUGUUCAUUCAUUUCUUUAUUUGCUUUGGGGGAUGUCUUGUGCUCUUGUACGUUGUAUAGUACUACACUUGUAUCACUGUGAUUCAACAGUUUACAUAUAUAAUUUGCUUGAUAAUGAUAUUAAAGAAUUAAUUUGA